AUGGCUCCCCAAGACAGUUUCAUCGAUGAUGAAGACGAUACAUGCCCGCUUUGUAUCGAAGAGUUUGACCUUUCUGACAGAAAUUUUCGGCCAUGUCCUUGCGGGUAUCAAAUCUGCCAAUUUUGCUUCAACAACCUGAAGAACAAUCUCAAUGGACUUUGCCCUGCAUGUCGACGACCCUACGACGAAAAGACAAUACAAUGGAAAGUUGUGACGCAGGAAGAGAUUGCCGAGUUCAGGGCGAACAUUCAGAAGAACCAGAAGAAGCGAGCUGCUGAACAACGUCAGAAGGAAGUGCAAAAGCGCGAAGUCGACAAGGGCAACCGCAAGAACCUCGUUGGUGUUCGCGUGGUCCAGAAAAAUCUCGUAUACGUCACCGGCCUUACACCUUCAGUUUCCGAGGAUGAGCUACUGAAGACACUGCGAAAGGCGGAGUUCUUCGGCCAGUAUGGUAACAUUCAGAAGAUUUCGAUUAGUAAUCGAAAGGCACCAGAUGGCCAGCCUCAGUCGCUUGGAAUCUAUGUUACGUUCGAAAAGCGGGAGGAUGCUGCUCGCUGCAUUCAAGCGGUGAACGGAUCACAGAAUGGAGAUCGCGUGUUGAAAGCCCAGCUUGGCACCACCAAGUACUGCUCCGCGUGGCUCAGACAUGAACAAUGUGGAAAUCGCCAAUGCAUGUUCCUACAUGAGCGUGGUGACGAGGAUGACAGUUAUUCCCGGGAGGAGCUUUCGUCUUUGAAUAGUGUGCAAAGCCAACGCCCCUUCUCCAACAAUGCCGGUUCGUCCUCGCGUUCGGUCUCGCGACAGCAAACCAGUGCUCCGCAACCAGCGCCAGCAGCUACCUCUCAGCCCAUGGCUCGCACCUCCAGCAAGGAAGGAUCAGAUACUGGCGAUGGACCCGCUUUACCGGCAUCGGCUAACUGGGCCCGAACGAACCAGCAGCGAAGUCGACGUGGAAGUCAUGCUACGAGUGGUGAAACAUCUUCUCCUGCAAUCUCUAACUCGCUGCCCGUUACUGCGGAAUCGCCAAAAGAAACAAUCGAUACGACGGAGGAUCCGCUUCCAGCUUUGUCAAGUCGUAAAGCUGAGAAGCAACCUACCAUCGAGACCACGCCCAUGCCAGCCACUACUUUUAAAGCGCCUAUCCAGAGUCCUUUUGACCAGCCGGAUUUUGCCGAUAUUCUCAGAAGGCUGGCGGCGUGUCCUGAUAGUGCCUUCGCGCCCCCAAGAGGUGACGGUGAUUCAUUCGUCCCCCUUUUCGACCUUUGUGGAGGCUUGAGAAGACGUGCAAUGCGAGAAGAGGAGAACCGCCUGGGUGAACAGGAAGACCCAGCAGAAAUUGGCGAGCCUUCAGAAGGUGAGCCUGAGAGCGGCAGUCUUGCACUCGGCGGGGAACCCGAGGACAGAGACCAGGGACGCGAAGGUUCCAGCUUCGACCAGCGGCGUAACCCGGCCCAGCCUCCGAUUCAGCGAACAAAUGCGGACGGCUUAUUUGGACCUGCUCUAGGAUCCAGCUUCGGCCAAGUGUCCACUACCGUUGGUUCUAUAGGCAGCCGAACGAUGACACCCCAACAUUUUAUGCGUCCUCAGGGAGGUUUUAUUGAGAACAUGCCACCUGGUCUGAGCACACCCCAGUCUUCCAUUUUCCAAAAUCAGGGCCACACUCGUCAGCAGUCGCGAUUCAGCUUUGCGAAUGAGGGUACAUCCAGUUCGACAAAAGUGAAUCUGGCGGCGAACCCGAGAAUCAUGGCGCAGCAGUCAUCCAUGAUGCCUUCGACGUUUCACUCGCAGCCUGGUAGUCAGUUCUACGCUUCUUCGAUGCCAGGACCGCCUCCUGGACUGAAGUCGACGGGUACUCCGCCGGUCAGCGGUGGGUUGUACGGUCAAGGUCACAAUUUUGGCGGGUCGGGCUUUGGGUCCUCAAAGGACAUGUCCAACAGUGACGUUCUGCAGAAUUUGUUCGGCGGCCGAGGCGCCAGCAGGAGCCAGACCCAUGAUGCAGGAAAGCGUGAGUACUUUUCUUCUUUUCAAAAUCAAUACCCACCCUCUACCUCCUCUACCCCUGCCCCUGUUUCCGGCCCCAGUGUCAUGGCAUCGCUCUACGCUUCCCAGCCCGGAGCUUUCCAGGACUUCGGACCAAAACAGAAAAAGAAGGGGAAGAAGCACAGGCAUGCUAACACUUCCUCCUCUGGGGGGAGUGCCUUAGUAGAUCUUGCGGACCCGAGUAUCCUGCAGGCGAGAAUGCAACACCAGCAACAGGGUAACAAUGCCGGAGUCGGACAGGGGUUGUUCGGAGGUCAGAGCCAAGGUGGGUAUAAUCCAAACAUGAUGUACGGUGCCGGUGGCGGAUACGGCAGAUGGUAG